UGUUCUGCGUGUUUGUGUUUAUAAAAAUUUGUGUGAUUUUGGUGAACUCGAAUCGCAUCCAAAACAAAUUUUUUUUCCCUAUUAACAUGGCAAAACCACCAUCUCGUUCAAUCCUCAAAAUGAUUUUCACGAAUUUCGUUAACUCAUUUCGUCCUCGACAAAUCAGUGGCACAUUGAAGGGAGAGGACUAUUUCGGUAAUAAAUAUUACGAAAUUGCUGCAGAUCCAUCCAUCGGAAAAAGGAAACCGUCACGCUGGUUCGAACCCGCCAACAAGGAAGCUUUCGACCAAGAACGUACAGCCGAAUGGGAUGCAUGGUUGCGAGGACGAAGAGAUGAUCCACCAACGAAGGAAGAACUCAGCUACAAUUUGUCGAUCAUCGAAAUGAAACAGUCGAAUGCCAAGAAAAUUGAUGAAAAAUUCGGUACCAACCAAGACAACAAAAUCGUGACCGGAAUGGCAUUUCCUUCGUAUGAUGAAUAUGAACGGGUGCCGGGUAAAAAACCUGGAGAGAAGUGAGACCACCAAUUGAUGCCGGUGAUUUAGAUAAUUUUAAUGUGCUCAGUCCAUUGAGUGAGGACUCAGUCUUAGGCCACAAAAUGUAAAUA